ACUUCGUCCCCGGAGUCGUCAACGAAGCGCUCGCCCCCAUGGCUACCUUUCGAACUUAUCUCCCUGAUCCUCACCGAGCUUUGGGAAGCGCCACAAACCUUGGCGGAACGGUCUGCAUUAUUGAAGAACAUCACUCUGGUGAACCGGACAUGGCUCGCACUAUUUGUUCGUGUCACAUCGCGGAGCGUCCACAUCUGCAAUCCAACCAGUGCAGAGGCCUUCCUCCGCCUCCUUCCAGAGCGCACUCUGAUGCAAGGCGUGAGCGACCUGUUGACUGCCGAAGCGUCGAAGGUGGCAAAUCAAAUGUGUCGUUCCGUCACAUUUCAUGUCGACGGGAGCGCCUCACUAGUCAGCGGCCCCGUCGCCGACCGCACGCCCGCCACUCAAAUGCAUUCGCCGAGCGACGCUGCGUCGACGGCGAUGUCGACAGUCCUAUACAUGGUGACAGUACUGGAUCAACUCCCCAAUCUGCGGCACGUGACUAUUGACUACACAGACUGGGGAUACGACGACAUAUUCGACCAACUCCGCGUUCAGACGUUCCCGCCGCAGGUCACACACCUUUCCGUCAAUUACUCCUUCACCACUCCUGCGCUGGCUCCUCUUCUCAUUUACCUCAAGUCGCUGUACAGGCGCCAGGAUUCAUCACGCAUUAGGAUCCCGAACGUCCGGCACCUGUCGCUAUCCAGCGUACCUGCAGAGUUCAUCGUAGACAUGCUCCAGGCGUGUCCCAACGUCGAAACACUGGAAGUCACGGAUCCCGCACGACUGGACGCACUCGCCCCCCUCCCUCCGUCCGUUCGCACGUUGAUCCUGCGCCAUCCUUCAGUCCCCCUAAGCAGGAGUCAGAUG